ACUAAUAAAUGGACGGGAACCAGCCGUGGCGGGUGAAGCUCGCUGCUCUGGUUCUCUUCUGCUCUUGUUAUCCCCCUGGUCCAGGAUUUGUGGGCAAAGCUUAAGAGGCAGGAGUGAGCGGAAGAGUUUGGUAGAAAGAUGAAAUCUUUGCGCUUCUUUGCUAUGGGUUGGAUCGCUGGGGCCGUGCUUGCGUUCUUCAUUCCCUCCAGCAUCAGCAUCUCCAUCGCUGCAGGCUCUGCCUCAACUGAUGAAGGAGGCACAACAGCCAUGCCUAUGCAUGGUGGAAGAGUCAAGACGGUCAUCACCCACAGGAAACUGGAGGUUAACAGCUACAUUGCCGGCGCCAUCAGAACUACAAAGGAUUCAACGAGUAUGAACGUGGAGGAUUAUCCCAGCUUCGAUCCAGCUCCAAGUUCGAAAGCAACCAUUAAAACCGGACCGAUCGAACAUGGAAUUCCUCUCAUGCCUUAUAUCCCCCGGCCGACCCCUCCAGGUCACCGCAAGCAUGGGGGGUCUCCUUGAUCCCAGCUCUGCUUGGCUGUCACUAAUCUUCUAUGUAAUCUCAACUUACUUUGUUUCUUACUCUGUAAUACUGUACUCAGGAUGAACUGAGUAUGUGAUGUGCUAGCAUGAAUCUUAUACAGUGGUGAACUCUCUAUAAUACUCAUGAUGGAUAUAUGUAGUAUGUUAGCAUGAUCAGUAUCCGCUCUUUUGUGGCA